GCCGAUUUUACUCUAUGAUAUUUUUUUAUUCAGCUGAACCUGGCGACGGACAGGCAAACAGAACCAGAACUUUUAUACAAUAUUGAUUAAUGACUUAGAUGCUCAAAUAUUUACUCACUUUAACUUAGGCACUUAGAUACUUAACUCUUUUAACAAGAUCACAUUAUUGACUCUUGCCACGAAUGACGUAGGUGCCAUUAAAUUAGUCUAACCCGCGGGCUGAAGCUACCCUACUCGCGUACUGCGCAUGAUCCAAGUUCAUUCAGACAAGUGUUCAGUGGCCUCUCAGCUUCAGUAGCCCCCUGUCGAUCGGGGAGAACGAAUAAACGAUGGCGCUUCGUGCGCUCAAAUAAAACAACCUCUUUUUAAUGUAAUUUGUUGAUAUAAAACAUAAAUUUGAAUCGUUUGUGAAAACAACUGAGUGUAAAUUAUUAAAUUGUGGCACGCAAAUGUAUGACGUGUGAUGGUGGAAGCAAGAAGUGGCAAGUGUGACGAGCGCGUUGAACAAUGGUGAGCGCGCGGCUACAAGCGCUGUUGGUGCUGGUGGCGGCUGCUGACUGCUGUUACCUGUUCCCGAGUGACGUCCCGGAUCCGUGUCGCGGUGUGACGUGCGGGCCGGGCGCGUUGUGCCGGCCCACCCCCGAUGGCCGAGCCUACAACUGCGAGUGCCCCACCUCGUGCCCCAGCUACGGCGACCACGAAGGCUCGCGGCCGCUCUGCGCAAGCGACGCUCGUGACUACCCCGGCGAGUGUGAAAUGCGAAGAGCUGCUUGCGAAUCUAACACAAAUAUAACCUUCAAGUAUUACGGUAAAUGUGACCCGUGUUCUGGAGUGACCUGUCCUGAUCCUGAGGUGUGUCAGCUGGACGAUCGUCGCGCCCCUUCGUGUCGCUGCGCCGAGCCCUGCCCGCUAGAGUUCUCCCCAGUGUGUGCGUCAGACGGCAAGACUUAUUCCAACGAGUGUCAAAUGCAUCGGGAGUCUUGUCGCGCUAGGAAACAGUUGAAGAUUAUAUUUAAAGGACAGUGCAGUUCUGGUGUAAAUCCUUGUGCGGAGGUAGAGUGCCGGCAUGGCGCGGAGUGCCGCGUAGAAGGCGGUGGUGCUGUAUGCGCUUGUCCCCCACUCUGCGAGCCCGUGUUACGUCCUGUAUGCGCUUCGGACUCACGCACGCACGACAGCGAGUGUGAACUGAGACGUGCAGCCUGUCUGCUCGGGAGGGAGCUUAGGGUCCUACACGCUGGUGCUUGUGGAUCGAACGGCGUGUGUGCUGACCGCGUGUGUCCGCACGGCGGGGAGUGCGUGGCCACGGGCGGGCGCGGCGUGUGUCGCUGUCCGCACUGCUCUAACGAGUUCGCCCCCGUCUGCGGCUCGGACGGUAUCUCGUACGGCAACCGCUGUAAGCUGCAGCUAGAGGCUUGUCGCCAUCGCCGCGACGUACAAGUAUUGUACGACGGACCCUGCAACGGGUGUGAGAACAAGAAGUGCGAAUUCUACGCAGUUUGCGAGAGCGACGGUGUUUCUGAAGCUAGCUGUGUGUGUCCCAAGCACUGCGAGGAGGGAACUGAGACGGAAGAAGUGUGUGGUACAGACAAUAAGACGUACAGCAGUGUGUGUGCUCUGCGCGACACGGCGUGCAAGGAGAAGCGGCGACUGCAUAUCAAACACAUGGGGUCCUGCGAAUCGUGUUCGGAGGUGAUAUGCCCGGCGGGCAGCUGGUGCGCGCGGGGCACGUGCGGCUGCCAGGCGGCGUGCGCGGAGGCGGCGCGCGAGCCCGUCUGCGGGGACAACCGGCGCUCCUACCCGCACCACUGCGCGCUGCGCAGGGCCGCCUGCGAGGCCAGGGCCAGGGGCGAGCCGCCGCCCCGAGUCGCCUACUACGGAGAGUGCACUGAUCAGGACGAGAAUAAUACUGCUGAUGGAAACAGAUCAGCGAAGUUAACGGAUCUCAGCAACGAGAUCCGGAAUGGCGACGAAAACGCGGAGAACUCGAGCGAGGCGGUGACGGGCACGGCCGUGUGCGCGCGCGUGCAGUGCGCUUACGAGGCUACCUGCGCUGUAGAUUCUAAUGGACAACCCAGGUGUGCCUGCCUAUUCGAUUGCGCCGCAGCGGCAGCCGCAGCCACAUCGUCGGCGCCGGUGUGUGCCUCCGACCUGCGACUCUAUCCAACCCUGUGCCAUAUGAAGCUGGAAGCGUGCAGGAGACAAGAGGACUUGAGACUCAGGCCCCUAGCUUUAUGUCGAGGGCUUGAGUUCAGACCAUGCGGUGAAGAUGAGCCGCUCACAGACGCUGAAGGCCGGCCUAUAGACUGCGGAGGAGGGCCUCAUCGUAAGGACUGCCCUGCGGGGAGCUUCUGCCAUCACACCGCUAAAGCCGCUCGAUGCUGCAGAAAAGAUAAAGCAGUGGUAGAGAAGAAAGGUUGCCAAGAAUCGUGGCACGGUUGCUGCGCGGACGGCGUGACGGCGGCGCGUGGUCCGGGCGGCGCUGGCUGCCCCGCCGUGUGCGGCUGUCACCGGCUCGGCUCCGUCACGGAGCGCUGCGACGAGGCCGGACAGUGCGUCUGCCGGCCCGGCGUCGGCGGCCUCAAGUGCGACCGGUGCGAGCCAGGCUACUGGGGCCUGCCGCGCAUCGGGACUGGACAUACUGGCUGUAUACCGUGUGGAUGCUCAGCUUUCGGUUCAGUUCGGGAAGACUGUGAACAGAUGACCGGCCGCUGUGUAUGUAAGCCUGGCAUACAAGGACAGAAAUGCACGGUAUGCUCCAACCAUGAACACACACUGGGCCCCAACGGAUGUUUCGACCCGGAAUCUACGCAACUGCCGGCGACCAACUGCGACCACAUGACAUGUUACUUCGGCGCGCACUGCGUGGUCCGUAGUGGGCUGGCGGCGUGCCAGUGCGGCGCUAGUGAGUGCCCGGCGGCGGACGGCCCGCCGGUCUGUGGCAGUGACGGCCGCACCUACCUGUCCUCCUGCCACCUGCGUACUCACGCCUGUCGCACGCAGGCCGACGUGGUCGCGCAGGCCUUUGGGCCCUGCAGCGAGGAAGCCCCGCACGUGCGCCGAGAGAAAAUCUACACUCAUUCUAGUAGUGUGAUAGAGAAUAACUUUGAAGGUAAUUGCGGUAAAUCGAGUCCAAAAGAACAAAGUCAAACGUUAAUAGAAGAUUCUGAAGAAGAGUUCGACUUUAAUGAAGUAGAGGAUUAUUCCAUGUUUGAGGAGCAUGUGGAAGAGGAAAAGAACGACAUUUACGAACUGCCAUUGUUUGAUGGUCAGGCAAGGAUGACAGCUCGCGCACUGUUCCCCGCCAAACGUUUCGAUAUUUGGGCAGAGGUGUCUACAGUUUGCAGGAAAGGAGCACUGCUCAGUGCUUCCGGGACGAGGGACCAUAUUUGGCUCGGAUUUGUUGAUGACAGGGCAGUAUUACGUUGGGACGCCGGUAGCGGACCGUUCGAAUUGCAUACGGGAAAGGUUAAAACAGAAGGGAAAUCUAAGAUAUCUGCGAGGAGGUAUAAGAAAGAUGCAGUUCUGAAGCUUGGGUCUUCGGUAGCGAGAGGUUCUUCACACGGGCGCAUGACUUCGCUUGAUGUCGAUCCGUAUAUCUACAUCGGGCAUCCUCCGGACAACGUUACAAAGUUAUCAGGUGCGACAGAGAUACCUGGCUUCGUGGGUUGCGUUCACCGGUUGCGCGUCAGUGGCCGUGAUUUAAUUCCUCCUUCUCGAGGUUUGAAUAUCCAGUCAUUCGGAUUACAGUCCUGUACCCCUCAUAAUUUGGCCCGACUUGUAUGCCCCUGAUUUAGCCAAAAAAAAUGCCGCUAUGGAUUCUUUAACAAUAUUUUAACUUUUUGUUACAAGUAUUCUAGGAACUUCGUAUUUACUAACCUACUUAAGUAUUUCAUAACAGUUAACAAGUUUAAUAAAUGUUGAUAUUUUACGUAUAUGUCUAAAGUAAGUAGAUUAUCCCUGUAUUGUUAAAAUGUUUACGUAACUCUAACUGUACUGAAACUCUUACUAUGGCUAUACCUUGCAAUGUGAUAUUCGUGUAACUUGAAUUUCUAAAACCUUCUGAUAAUGUAACAUAUUGUUAUCUUUAACAUAUCUAACUCUAUGCAUUUUAUAAUAAAUUAUCUCCUUUUAUAAUACAGUUAUUUGAAAUUUUCGUGUCGUAUUUAUUCACCCUGCCUAGGAAUAGUCCCACCUCCGUUUUAUCACUAAAUGACCCCUAGAAACUACGUGUGCAAUUGAGUGCAUGUAUAUUCAAAAUCACUAAUAAAAAAAUACAUUUUAGGUCUACAAGUAUAUUUGAAAACCGAAAAAAAUUACCAGACAAAUCUUAGGUACUGUAGAUUUGUGUGGACCUACAUAUAGUUUUCAUCCCAGACGGCCUAGACAAAACCAAUAAUGCUUACGCGAGCAUUCAUAACAUUAAAAGCACAAGGCACUGCUAUGUUUAUAAUAUAAACGUAACCGGGAAGCACAAUCACCAAAAUCGUAGACGUAUAAAAAUAAUUAAUAAGCCAGUCAAUAUUACGUCAAUUACGACGUAGGAACUAUAUUAUUAAAGCCAUAAUAGCCGAGUCUCCCCCAUUUCGUUGGCGGGCCAUUAUUUCCUUAUCAGUGUUUCACCCCCACUUCCCUUUUAUAAUCCCUCCUUAUCGUUGUCUACUUCAUAAAAGCCGGCGUUUCAAAAUUUAAAACCAUUAUUCUGUUGCAAGAACAAGUGGAAGUCGUAAAAUAUUUUAUAAGCUUUUUCAUGCGAUGAUAAUAAUAUAGUUUUUAAUGGUUGUUUGAUUUUAAUCGGUGUGUUGUUCAUUUACGGCGUGUCCUGAUGUUGAUUUUGUUUAUUUGUUCGCUUUAUUAAUAGCUUAGUCAUCAAAGGAUAUAAUACUUUCCUGGAAAUAGGUUUAAUUUGAGUAUUGACAUUAUUACACGUUUAUGUUCCGCGCUAGUUCGUUUCAAUUACAACUUUUAUUAUUAUUUAGACCGCUUGGUAAUAUUUGUCUAGGAUCAAGCUUGUGUCACUGUCCCUAAUAACUUAGUAACCUAAUAUUUUCGAUGAUAAGGCGUUUGAUAGAAACAUAAAUAAUAAAAUUCAAAGGAAAAAUAUGAGUAUAAAAUCCUCCGUCAGUCAUAACUAUGACGUAAAAUGUUUUAGUACUACUGCUACAUCCCGGUCUCAUUUACUGCGAGAGAAAGCCCGUACUCAUUCUGAUGAGUAAUGUUGAGAAAAAUACAUUUUUAACUCGCAAGUGUUGUCUCCGAGUCAUUAAGAUUGAGGUGAACCAUAUGAGCACUCACUUAGGCGGGCGACAUUAAUUUCGUCAUAACAGUCGUUUGCCCAACCGCCUGCGCCGCAGUAAUAUAGCUAAAAGCCUCUAUUCAUUAUUUCUCGGUUCCCCUCCAUCGCUUAAACGUUGUCGUAUUGAUGUGACUUUCUGCGCGGAAUGGGAUGAUGGAAAUUAUGAUGGCGUUUGAGCUUCAGAUUUUGAUAUUAUCUACCGUUAAGCCGCCGUAGUUACUAGUAAGAAUGUAAUCCGCUACGUAGGUAUUCC